UCCGGCGGCCCCAGCGCGGAGCCCUGGGCUCUGCUGCGCCCCGGCAGCGGCCCCGGCGUGGCGGCCUCGGGACGCGGCGCGAGCCCCGGAGCCGCACCCCGCCGGACCCCAGCGGCACUCCCGGAGAUCGCGGCGGGAAGCCCGGCCGGCCCCCGGCUUUGAAGAGCCCAGCUGCGUGGAGAGGAGCCGCAGUCCGACUCGGGCGCCCAGGUUGCCCGGCUCCACCCAGUCCUGCCAGGCAGACAUCUUAAUCCUGCUAAGAAGUGAAGUGUCAAAGCUCAGGGAGGGUAAGGGACCUCUCCGAGGUCUCCACUGGAAGGCAGCAGCACUGAGGCCUCAGUUCCUGGCUUGCACCAGCUGACACCCUUAGCGUCCACAUUUGUGACCGACAGGCAGCACUGGAGAGGCUUCGAGGAGGGUCGGCCCCCGCCCCUGCUCUCCGGUUGGUCUUGGCUGAGCCCUGGUCUUACCCUUCCGUGUGGAGACGAUGCCAAAGCUGCAGGGCUUUGAGUUCUGGAGCCACACCCUGGGGAGGGCCCGCCAUGUGGUGGCCCCCAUGGUGGACCAAAGCGAGCUGGCCUGGAGGCUGCUGAGCCGCCGCCACGGGGCCCAGCUGUGCUACACACCCAUGCUGCACGCCCAGGUCUUUGUCCGUGAUGCCAACUACCGAAAGGAGAACCUGUACUGCGAUGUGUGCCCCGAGGACCGGCCUCUCAUUGUACAGUUCUGUGCCAACGACCCGGAAGUGUUUGUCCAGGCGGCUCUCCUGGCUCAGGACUACUGUGAUGCCAUCGACCUGAAUUUGGGCUGCCCACAGAUGAUAGCCAAGCGAGGUCACUAUGGUGCCUUUCUACAGGAGGAGUGGGACCUGCUCCAGAGAAUGAUUUUGCUAGCCCACGAAAAACUUGCUGUCCCUGUCACAUGCAAGAUCCGUGUCUUCCCAGAGAUUGACAAGACUGUGAGGUACGCCCAGAUGCUGGAAAAGGCUGGCUGCCAGUUGCUGACUGUCCAUGGGCGCACCAAGGAGCAGAAGGGGCCCCUGUCGGGCACCGCAUCCUGGGAGCACAUCAAGGCUGUGCGGAAGGCCGUGGCCAUCCCCGUGUUUGCUAAUGGGAACAUCCAGUGCCUGCGGGACGUGGAGCGCUGCAUCCAGGACACAGGGGUGCAAGGAGUCAUGAGUGCAGAGGGAAACCUGCACAACCCUGCCCUGUUUGAGGGCCGCAGCCCUGCCGUGUGGGAGCUGGCUGAGGAGUACCUGGACAUUGUGCGGCAGCACCCCUGCCCCCUAUCGUACGUCCGGGCCCAUCUCUUUAAGCUGUGGCACCACACGCUGCAGGUGCAUCAGCAGCUUCGAGAGGAGCUUGCCAAAGUGAAGACCCUGGAGGGCAUCGCCGCAGUGAGCCAGGAGCUGAAGCUGCGGUGUCAGGAGGAUAUAUCCAGGCAGAAGGAGGGAGAGAAGCCUUCGGGUGGCUUGCCUUUCUUCCACUGGAUCUGCCAGCCCUACUUCCGGCCAGGGCCCAGGGAGGGGAGCAAGGAGAACGGGGGUGCCCGCAGCAAACGCGCCCUGGAGGAGGAGGAGGGCAGCAUGGACGUCUUGUCCAAGAACAAGCAGAAGAAGCAGCUAAGGAACCCCCACAAGACCUUUGACCCCUCACUGAAGCCAAAAUACGCAAAGUGUGAUCAGUGUGGAAACCCAAAGGGCAACAGGUGUGUGUUUAACCUGUGCCGGGGCUGCUGCAAGAAGCGAGCUUUCAAAGAGACUGCCGACUGCCCAGGUCACGGACUGCUUUUUAAAACCAAACUGGAGAAGUCUCUGGCCUGGAAGGGGGCCCAGCCAAGGCUGCAGGAACCACAGCAGGCUGGGUCUGGAGAACCAGCUGGCUCUCCUGAGGCCGUGGGCAGUGCCCUGGCCUGAAAGGCAGCUGCAGCCCCACGUGCCACCCCCCGGGCCUGCUGCUGACACACCCCACUUACUCAGGGAACCUCCUGCUACUGCACACGGAAGGACAAGCUGGUCUUCCCUUCAGCCCACGCUGGGGGCCCAGAG